AAGAGCCUCUCUUAGUCGCCAGCCAAUGGAGUUCCAGGGCCUAAACCCGCAGGCUCUGUCUCACCCAGGCCUUUUGGCAGUAUGAUUGAUGUUUUAGUUUCUGCAGCAGGCAGAAUCCUAAAGCAAAAAAAAAAAAAAAACAGGACUCAAGCUCUACCUUACUCACUUCCACCAUCCGCACGGCUUUGCGAGCAACUGAAGCGAGACCAAGCAACAUUUGUACCUCCGAUCUGAUAACGCGAUCAGACUGGGGGACCUCUAUUUUUUUCUUGCAAAGGGUUCAUCAAACCAUGGAUCAUAUAGGGGCCCAUCACAUCCACCAGUCGCACGCAGAACCCAUCAGUUUUGGAAUCGAUCAAAUUCUGAACAGUUCGGAUCAAGGGAGUUGCAUGAUCUCCAACUCCAGGCUGCAAGAUUCGGACUAUGGAUUGGGAUGCGUUGUGAGCAGUGCCUACAAUACGAUGACUGGCAACUACAACACCAACAAUACUGUGGGAUACAACAACAGCGCCUGUAGCAUGGCAUCUUUGUCUGGAGGUUACAAUGUCAACAUGGGCAUGAACAUGAACGGGAAUAACCUGAAUUCGGCAGGCGUGAUCCGCGUGCCAGCGCACAGACCCUUAGGUAGUGUUCACCAGACUAUGUCCACCGGUAUGCCAACCGUGCCAAGUAUGGGCAGCGUGAACGGGAUGAAUAAUCUUACGGGACUGACUUUUCCUUGGAUGGAAAGUAAUAGAAGAUACACGAAAGACAGAUUUACAGUGGCCCUCUCACCCUUCACUGUAACACGUCGUAUAGGUCACCCAUACCAGAAUCGGACCCCACCAAAGAAGAAAAAGCCAAGAACUUCCUUCACCAGGCUCCAGAUCUGUGAGUUGGAGAAGAGGUUUCAUCGGCAAAAGUACUUGGCUUCAGCGGAACGGGCAGCCCUGGCAAAGGCACUCAAAAUGACAGAUGCCCAGGUCAAAACAUGGUUCCAGAACAGAAGGACAAAAUGGAGGCAACAAAGUAAUCCUUGCUGUGCAAUGAUGCAUUAUACAAACCCACCCCCAAGCCUUCAUUAUGAAGGGCAGAAUAUCGUUGGAGACCACAAACCAGCGACAGACUGCAGAGGAGAGGGAAGCUGAGAGACAGCAGGCCAACCGGAUACUAAUGCAACUACAGCAAGAAGCGUUCCAGAAAACACUGAGCCAGCCCGUGCAAGCGGACCCCAUCUGCCUUCAUAACACUUCCCUGUUCGCGCUCCAGAACCUGCAACC